UGACUCGCGUCGCGGUGUGACUGAUGCCAUGGAUUGGUAGUCGACACAUGGCUGUUACGUGCGCUACAGGAUUCAUUUUAGAGAACAUUGUGAGUAUUUUAUUGAAGGGCUGCAUUUCCGUGAGUCACAUAAUCUUUGGUGCUUGAAGAUCUUGAUGGAGAAGGAGCCGUUUGACUAAUGGGAGCUAUAAUUUACCUUCGAUGGAGCUUAGAUAACUGAAUACGCUGCUGCUCCCCGCAAGACUCUCUGUCGCUGCUGUGCACUCGAAUGGAGAGGCAGGACCGAUUGAUUCUGAAGCGCUUGUACCCGACGCUGCGCAGCUCUCUUUCUUGCGAUGGGGACCUGCUGGCGGACAUGCACGGCGCCGGAUUGCUGAGUUCUGAUGAUAUGCGGCACAUCACGACGGGUCAUUACGGCGUACCUCGCGAGCCUCAGCAAAAGAGUGAAGCUCUUCUCCAGCUCCUGCCGAGUCUAGGCAGGAGUGCGUUCGGCGAGUUCCAUCGCGCCCUGUCUCGCUCCCUUGCCCAGCGCAACCGCGACCUGGCCGAGGAGCUGUGGACGGCAAAGCAUGGCACGCACGUGACACAGCCUGACAGGUCGCGUUCUGCGGAGAGAGCGGGCAUCGCGGAGACACGCGCGGAGGAGCAGCCACCACCGCCGCCACACACUGCUAGUCUCGUUGCCGCCCUGCGCAGCACCGCCUGGACGCCGGAGCACAGCGACGUUCUCAUGGCCGAGCUAUCGCCGGAGGAUCUGCGGCAGCUCUCGCGCCGCCUUCUACAGGUCUUCCCGGUGCAGUGUACGGAUACUGGCGGCCGGGGCCAAAACACACCCGUGGUAAUGAGCGAGAGUACACACCGGGCACGCUAGUCAUCAGAUACUGCAUCUGGUUAAGUUCAGCCGCUACGGUGCUGCUGUCGGGUACCGAAGAACAGGGGGGGGGGGGGGGG